AUGAACCCGAAUAACGGUUUCUACGGCCAGUGGCCUCCAGGACAGCCACCGAACAACAGGCGCUAUCUGCCUGUGGCAGGUGAAUUUGGAGAGUCUCCGCGACCCAUUGUAAACCAUGGCAGACAACAGUAUCCCGUACUCGCACAUAAUCCGCAGAUAUUCCCUCCUCAGCAAAAUUUUCAACAGCAUCAGUUUCAGCCUCAACUUCACCCUCACCUUCAGCAAUCGCCUCAAAAUCCUUUCAUACCUCUCAUUCCACUUCAUGCUGUAGAAGACCUGGAAGAUGAGCCACCGCCUCCAUUUACUAGUAGUAGCUUCCAUGAUCCGUUCAACAGAGCCUAUGCUACCAGUGGCCCAGCGGUAUUUGAAGGCUUCAUCCCUGAUCCCACACAUGAGGAGGAGGAGGACGAGUAUGCCAACACGUCUAGGUAUCCCCACUCGGCCUACGACCGGGAUUUUGAGAGCUCAGAUGAUGAGCAAGAGUAUGAGCGCAUGAUUCAGGAAGAGGAGGAGCGGGAACGACUGCUCCAGAUUGAAAACAAAGACGAUUCUGAGGUGGACGCAGACUACUCAUCAGAAGAUGCGCAACAAGAUGAAGGCGACCCAGACGAAAUGGAGCUCGGUGUCGAAUUUGAAGACAUCGAAGGGCGAACUCAAUACAGGAGAGGUAGGGGUAGUAACAGAGGCGCGCCAAAGACACAGGCUAUACCUAGUAUUCUACCCGCCAGUAACAGAGGCCGACGAGGAGCCAAACGAGGUCGAGGCUCUUCUAGAGGCCGCGGCGGGUACCAUGAGUCUAGAUCUACCAGAGGAAGACGACGGGGUAAACCCGGACGCGUCAAGGGUCCUAGAGGACCACGACCUGUGGCCGAUCCAGGUGUAGAGUGGAAGGCUUUGCAGCAAGAGGCCAAUGCCAGGUUCAUCGCAAAAGACUACGAGGCUGCCCUUGAGUUUGCUCAGCGAGCUAUUCAACUCAACCCAGAGAUUUUCGAUGCCUACAACAUUGCCUCUGAAAUCUACAAGGAGAUGGGCCGCGAAGAGGACUCGUUGAACGUACUUGUAGCUGGUGCGCCGACUAAGCGUGAUCCAGAGCUUUGGCAGUACAUCAUUGAACGUAUCCAGAAGUUAGACCCGAACGUAUAUCCACAGUUUACUGAUGCGAAUAAGUCGGCUGCAAUUCUUUCAUGUUUGAAUGAGAUUAUCCUUCUCAACAACGACUACGAAGCUCGUAGCCUCAAGCUUGAGAUUGAAGCACAACUAGGACGUUCAUCCAAGUGCGUGGGUCUGGGUAUCAAGAUGCUCAAGACGCGCAAAGAGCAGGGAGAAGACCCUGAUACAAGUGUGCUCAAGAUCAUGGCAAUGAUGGGUACUAGUACUCCAAGGCAGACCAGACUCCAUCUACGCAAGCUCAUAACCCAUUUUGAAGAGGCCAUUGAUGUAUUUACGCAACCUGAUCGGGAUCCCAUUAACAACGAACUGGACUGGGAGCUCAUCAAUAUCUAUCUUGAUCUUUUGGAUCGAGCGGGUAGUUACAGUAUCGGAGUCUCGCGGCUCAGACAGCUCUCACGGUGGAAACAGUGCAGGCGUGCUGAAACAUUCUGGGACGAAGUUGAAGACGACCGCGAGUUCGACGUUAGAGAUGAGCCCAGGCGUGCGGCUGUGCCUGGUUUUGUACGACAAGCGCAAGAUGCUACGUACGGCUCAACACUGCCGUUGGAGAUCAGAGUGAAGCUGGGAUUGUUUCGACUGCGCAAGAGUAGAGACGACUUCUCAGAAGCCAUGCGUCACCUUGAGAUGAUGGAGCCAGACAACCAUGGUCAGGAUGCACCAAUAUGGGAUUACGAAGAUUUGUUCCGUAUCAUCGGCGAUGCCUUUCAUGCUACCGGCCACGAUCAGGACGCACUACGGUUCUAUGAGCCAUUGUUCAACAACAACUCCAAAGAAUUCACCCUGAUGAGCUACAUGGGCCUAUACACGUGCUUCAAGAACCAAGGACUAGACGACAAGGCACAAAAGGUCAUUCCCAUCUUGAAGAAGUGGCCGGCAGAUAACUAUGAUGACUUGGCUAUCCUUGCCAAAUUUUUCGAAGAUCAGGGCAUGCACCAGGAAGCUGGACAACGUGCAGAAACCAUUUAUCGCGACAAAUACGGCCACAAGCUCAAGGCUUUGGGGUUCCAGGCAUACGAUGAACUCAGGGUGUACUACUACAACCAGCGGAGGCAAGCUAGGGGUAGGUACGCGGUUAGAAAGCGCGCAGCCCUGAGGAAUAAGAAGAGGAUGCAAAAGGCCACUGGGCAAACCGGUGACGAUGAUGACUCUACGAAUGAGAAUGGCGAUGUGCAGCUCCCGGCACUCGCUGAACCUACUGAACGUCCUACGAAAGGUCUCUUUCGAACGAAGAGAACGAAGGCGCCAAAGGUUCAAGCGUUCCUUGCUGUUCGAGAAGAAGAUACCGAGAUGCUUGCUGAAGCCGAACCGAUACUUAGUACAAUCCAAGGGACUGGAAUACCAUAUUCGGCGAUCGAAAAUAGGCUCUUCCGCAGGAGGAUCCAGAGGCUUGCUACCGAACGUGCCGAUGAUCUCAAGGCUGCUCGAGCCCAACACCGAGAGAUUGUGUCUAAUCCUGAUCUACGAGAGCGACCAGUGACGCCACCGGAAGAUUUCUGGGGCAUCCACUUUGACAAAUGGUGCGAGGCCUUUGGCCGCUAUGCCAUGCUACUAGCCAGCGAAGGAGACGAAGAGCAAUGCUUCGCCACGCUCGACAUCGCCACCCAAGCCAACAUCUUCCACCGCUCCCAAAAGUACCACCAGCAACUCCAACUCUGUCGUCUCGCCUGCGCCCUCUCCGCCGACAACUCGCCCCAAGCCUCCAUCGCCACACGCUGGCUCCUAAAACAACACCCCUUUGGUACCGACCUCUUCCGCCUCUACAGCGCCGCCAACCGCCUCUGCUCCUUCCCCGAAGGCUUCUCCACGGGUCCCGCCUACAAAGUGCUAAUGCGCUAUGUCAAAACCGUCGACUACGCCCUGCUCACCCCCGCUCAACGCAUCGCCUACAACUUCCGCACCACAAAAGCCAGCAAAGGCGGCUUCAGCAACAACUUCAACGCCGAAGACGUGCCCAAAGCAAACGGCCACGACCCCGCUCUCUUCGCACUCUACGGCCACGUCCUCAUGUGCGGCGGCAGCUAUGUAGCAGCGCUAAACUACUACUUCCGCGCCUACGCCAUGACGCCCGAGGACCCCGUGCUUAACCUCUGUAUUGCAGUCGCCUACGUCCAGCAUGCUAUGAAGCGGCUGUCGGAAAAUCGUCAGUAUCAGAUUCAACAGGGUCUCUGCUUUUUGUAUAGAUAUUACGAUUUACGCACCAAGAGUGAGCAUGCGGUGCACAGGCAGGAGGCCGAGUUUAAUGUCGGGAGGAUGUGGCAUGCGCUUAAUCUUAAUGCGCUGGCUCUGCCGGCGUAUGAGAGGUGUGUGGGGUUGAGUGAGGUGGUUAGACGGGAGGCGGAAGAUGCAGGUGCAGCGGGGGAGGAGAGGGCAUGGGGUUGUGAGGAUUAUGGUGCUGAGGCUGCGUUUGCUAUGCAGAGUAUUUAUUCGCUGAGUGGGAAUCCCGAGGCGGCGUUGGAUGUUACGAUGAGGGCGCUUGUUAUUGAGUAG